AUGAGUGGCCUGCUCUCCCUGAUCGCCCUCGCGUGGCACUCUAACGAGUACUCGCUGACCGUUGUGUUCAGUGACCCCGUGCCGCCACCAGUCGUAAGAGAGCAAAAAGGAAAAACGAUUACGACCAGGAGUCUGGACAUCGAGCCUGUUCGCGACAUGGUCUACAGCUACACCAAAGGAGAGGCGUGCGGCGACGUCCGGCCGCUGCUGGCGGAAGUGUUCCGCGCCGCGCCACCGCCGCCGCCCGACGACGCACGAGACCGGAGCGCACACGAGAAUGACGCCGAAUUGAAAAUCGUCCAACAAUUACCAGAAAAAUCAUUAGACAUAGCAGAAAUAAGAAUUCGUGAGGAUAAAUUGAAAAAUGAGUACGGCAAACAGAUGGCACACAGGCCGCGCGGCGCAGGCUACGAGCUCUCGUACUGCGGCGAGCCGUCGCCGAUGCUCUGCGCACAGACACAAGAGGAUGCCGAGUUUGGGAUCAUACGGAGACAAGAUUUGAUGCCGACAAUUUUAGAAAAUGCUGAUCAACUGCAAUGUCGUUGGCUAUUGAGGAACACUUCGAGCGAUACAAGCGCCACUGCUAACCAGUCCGAAGAUUUAAAUUUACCACAAGACGAUGUCGUCUUGUCUCCCAAAGAUUUUUCAGUCCAAUCCAUAAGGUGCGAGGAGACGGCGGGCCCCCAGCAGGCGGCGCCGCGCCCACCGCACCUCCCGCGGCCGUUGCGCCCCCCGCACUCGCCACCCUGCUGCGUCGUCUGCGAGCCCGCAACACUCUACUUUGUGAACUUUACCGUGGGACACGAUUAUGUGAAAAGCGUGCGCGUGGUGAACACGUCGCGGCAUGCGAUACGGCUAGCGCUGCGGCCGCCCACGCGCCCCGUCCUGCGUCUUGAGCUGCCAGUGGGGCUCGCCCGCGGCCUCGCGCUUUCCUCGGGCGCCGCGCUAGACCUGAGAGUGCAUUUCAAGCCCAGGUUAACGAGCGUACUGUACACCGACAGAGACGUGCGCGCGUUCCGCGAUGAGGUGUUGGUACGGGUAUCCCGCGGCGCGCCCGCGGCCGUGCUCGUGCUCUGCUACCUGGAGCCGCCCCUGCUCGACGGUUGGACCUCACUAAUAACUUUACGAUGUUACUAUAACAUAGUUAAUGCACAUGGUCGAUGUACAGUGAUCGUUCCGCGGGCAAACGGGGGCGGUGUGUGGGGCGGCUUGGGCGCACACGUUGCGCCGCCGGCGCGCAGCCCUGUGCUGGACCUGGGCGCGCGGCUGGCGGGCGUGCCGCACCGCGUGCCGUUGCGUCUGGCCUGCGCCGUGCACCAUGCAGCCUUUUACGUCAUGACAGAGGACGCCUGGUGCUCCUUCACCCUCGACGAGGAAGCGAUACGUACGGGCUACGUGGUGGCGGGCGCGUUCAGUGUGGGCCCGGUGUACUGGGAGGGCGGCGUGCGGUGUGGUCUGGUGGCUCACCGUGCGCCCACGCCGGGUCUGCGCUCGGCUGCGCUGCGCCUGCUCAGCUCCACGGCUGUCGUGCGCCCGCUCACCAUUGUUGCCGACUCCAUCAUGUUUAGAACCGACCACAUCACGCUUCGAGCUCCGGAGAAGGAGUACGACAUCUUGCUAGAGGGGGACCCGGCGUGCCCCUACCACGUGCAUCUCGGCAGGGCCUUCCCCGAGCGCCCGCUCGCUGCCACCGUGCACCUGCUCAACCACAGCGCAGUACCGUACUCGUACUACUGGAGUGUCCGGCCCUGGGACAAGACAUUACUCUUGGCAGAGAAACGACAUUCUGAAGUUUUCUCUGAAGUCUCUGAGGUAACUCUGUCCCCUCUGAUGCUUAAAAGGCUUGAAGCGUUACCAACCGCUUGCCGCGGCUUGCCGGUGGCACCCGCCACGCCACGCCGGUGUAAAUUAGAGGUAGAAAUAGAUUUAACAACUAUUGAGAGAGAUUUGACGUCCCUGCACUCCGAGUCCGUGAGCGCGAUCCGCGUGGAGCCGGUGCGAGGUGUGGUGGGCGCGCGCUGUUCGGGUGCCGUGCACGUGUGUGCGCCGCGCGCCGGCGCCGACUGCGGCUUGCACCGCCUCGUGCUCAUGCUCAUUUUGACAGACAUCCCUCGGGAGAGCUUGGGUCCUGAAUAUGACAACAUCAUACUCAGCACCAAAACAGUCGAGGAAGAAGAAAUUCCUGGUCUUUGCGAGGCGUGGUCGCGGGAGGUGUGCGAGGUGCUGGUGACGCAGCUGGAGGUGUGGUGGGAGGUGGUGCCACUGCGCUACGUGCUGCACCCGCCCGUGCUGCACCUCACUCACACCAGAAGGUUGAUCGGAUUCUACAUGCCGCAAGCUAAAUACUCGGUGGAGCUGCAGGUGGAGGUGACACAGUUGCACGCGGGCGGCGAGGCGCGUGUGGAGUGGCGCGGCGACGUUCAGCCGCUGUCGCCGCUUGCGCCGCUGCAGGCCGGCCGCUCCGUGCGCCAUCGCCUGCGCGUGCCGCUGGCCGCCGCGCACGACGAGGCCAACCCUAAUGUCUUUCAGCUGGAGUCGCCGGAGGGCGAGUGGCGCACGUGGUGCGUGGUGACGUCCCGCUGCGCCUUGCCUCGCCCCGCGCUGCUGCCCGCCUGCCGCCGGCUGACCACCGCGCCACCGGCCGCGCCGCUCGCCGCCGCGCUCACCGUCUGCAAUAACACUCAAAGCACGAUAACUUGGCGUGUGAACAUUUACCCGUGGUGGUGCCCCGGGGGCGCGCGAUGCAAUGCGGGGAAGGAAGGGGGCGCGGGGGGCGCGGGCGAGCAGUGCGCUGCGUGCACCAGCAGCUGCUGCGUAUGCGGCACGCUGGCCCCCGCGGCCGGCGAGCUGCAGAACGCGCUCAGCGAGACGGUCACCUACCGCUGCCACGGACCUGCUCUGGAAGGCAACGUAAUGAACAUCGCGCAGCUGCGGGCGGGACAGGGGGGCGAUGGGCGCGGAGGGCCGGUGCGCUCCGCCCUGCUGGCGCAUCGCGCGCUGCGACCACGGCUACUGCUGCGCGCGCUGCGCUGCGGUUGCCCGCAUCCCUGCCAGUGUCAGUACAACUGUCGCCUCUAUGUGUACGAUCGAGUAUCGAGGAAGUAUGACGUUGAUCUCUGCAGGCGAGGUGUGCCCGGCGGCCGGCGACGCUGGGCACUGUGCGGUGCUGCGGCCGCGCCGCGCGCUUCUAGCAGACCGGAGCGAGAGCCACCUACUGCGCUGCGUCAACCUGACGCCGGUGCCCACCGCGCUGUGCUGGGAGACGGACAAACCGUGCGAGCUGACAGUGUGCCGGGGCGGGUGCAGGUGACGCUGUGCGCGGCGGCGGCGAGCGCGCGGCGUGUGCGGGUGUACCGCGCGGUGGUGCGUCACGCAGCCGCGCCUCUCUACCUGCUGCUCGACACCGCCGUUGACGGACGAAAAGUUGGCCUCGACAUCCCUAUGGGUGAUGAUAUUGGAUCUAUGGCUACCGUCCCUAGGAGUGAAUGCGGCGUCACACCGUGGGGCUGCGACUUUAAAACCCCGCCCUCACCGGAGGAGAUAUUUACUGAUUUUGAACAAAGUCGUACAAAAGUGAACGCGGCAGGUGGCGGCGGCGAGCUGUGUGUCUGCAGCGCGCUGCCCGCGGCACCGCGCCUCGCCCCGCCCUGUCUGCAGUUCAAAGGCGUGGCGGUCGGCACUGUACAGUGGCGGCAGGUGGCGCUGCACAACUCGGGAGGACUGCCAUUACGCUGGAGCGCGCACGUCCGCCGCUGGCCGCACACGCGUACUCCCGCGCUGCUGCUCGGGCAGUGUGCGGAGGAAACGGAAGCGACGGGCGUGCGUGUGCAGUGCGUGCCAGCGGGCGGGGUGCUGCAGCCGGGCGGCGCGGUGCGGUUGGCCCUGGGCGUGCGCGCGCACAUCUGGGGCCUGUACCGCGACCAGCUGUUCCUGCAGAUGGAGCGGAUGGAACCGGUGGUGGUAGACGUGUGGGCGCAGGCGGUGGGCGCGCCGCUGGAAUUCGCAUUGCGACCGCCCGGGCGAGCUGUCGGACAGCGUGCCGAGCCGCCCGUCAUGUGGUUAUUUAUUACCAAAAAAACAAUGUUAAGGUGCAGUAAUGUGUGUGUCAGGAUGUCGCGUUCGGACCCGGCGCGUCGGCUGCUGCUGGCUAACACCGCGCGCUGCGGCCUGCGCGUGCGCACGCUGCUGCUCAAAGACCACGAAUGCGCUCGGGACGCACUUCCUCUGCGCGUGUAUUUGCGCUUCUACGACGUGCAGCGGCAGGAGAUCCCGCUGCAGGACCGCGAGGGAUACAUCUUGACAUUUAAAAAAGACUCUACGUGUCAAGAUCUAUCCGAAGACAAUAUAGGUACCGGAAUUGAAUUAAUUAUAUCUGAAGAUUACGGACUGCAAGUUCAAACAAUUUUUGAGGUGGAGCCGCGAGAGUUCGACAUCCCGGCCGGGGGGCGCGCGUCGCCAGCCGUGCGCGUGCGAGCGCCCCCCGCACCCGCCGACACCCGCGCCGCCGCCAGCGUGCUGCUGCUCAGCUCGCCGCUGCAGCGCUGCGGGUACCCUGAGGGCUGGUACAGGCCCGACCCCCCGCCGCAGGUGGCGCGGCUACAUCUGGACGGACACGCGCGCCUGCAGCUGUCGCGUGAUUGCCUACGGGCGCAGCUGAGCGCGCUGCGCCUGCCCCCCGGCGGCGUCACCAGAGUUCACAAGUACUUGCAAGCCCUGAACGUGGGCGAGGCGGCGCUGGCGCUGAGGGCCGUCACCGAAGCCCCCUGGAGCGUGACCGUGAGGCAGGAGGUGGAGGAUGCGUGCACGGCGGGCUGCGGGGAGGGAUCGCAGUGCUUGCUGUUGGACCUGCCUCCACGGACAUCAGUCCAAUUGUGCUGUGAGUUGGCGCUGCAAACGGCGGCGGUGUGGCCGGGGGAGAGGGAGGUGGACGGAAAGGGGGAGGGCGUGGAGGAAGGUGCGAAAGAUGGCGGAGGGCCGGAGCAAUACGCCGGCAGCCUGAGAGCCGACACCGAAGUUAAGUUCUACGAUGCAGAUGAAGUGUUGCUGGCGCGGGUGUCGCUGUGCGCCGCCGUGGAGGUGCCGGCGCUGCGCGCGCUCCCCCGGCACUGUGACUUCGGCUUCGUAGCGCUCGACGAGUGCAGGAAGACAUACUUCACCGUAUCUCACACCAGCACGGUGUGCGCGCUGGAGGCGGCGGUGCAGUGCGAGGGCGCACAGUUCGCGGCGUGGCCGGCGCGUCUCUCGCUGGUCCCGCACGCAUCCGCGCGCGUCUACGUGCAGUACGCGGCCGGGCAGGGCGCGGCGGGGCCGGGGCCGGGGCCGGGGCCGGGGGCGGGGGCGGAGGCGCUGGGCGCGGUGUGGGUGCGCGCGGCGGGCGCGGCGGGGCGCUGGUGCUGCGCGCGCGUCACUCUGCGCGCGGCGUGCACGCGAGAUCGCGCGCGCGCUCUGCCCGUUCACGACCACACCGACGAUGACCACCUGCGGCUUGCAUAA